GGACGAGGGGUAGCAUGAAGUUUUUUUGGAGAUUAGAGGAGCAGUUGGAAGAUGAUAGAAGAUGUCUUCAGUAAUGCUGAUAGACCGCUCCGCCAAUUCGGCCUACCCGCUCAUCUAAAAAAGCGCAAAAUCGACCAAUCGCACUUGCCAAGCAUGGCCGCCGUCGCUAAGAGCUUCACGAAACUGGAAACAUUGGAUGACAAGAGACGGAAAAAGGCUGCCGAUGAAGCUAAGUCCUUGCUAUUACCUCAGAAGAAACGAGUCCUUCCUACUUCAAAUACUUCUAGUCCUAUCAAAAAAUCUCCCAAAUUGUCUGAUGAGGGUGCACCAGAAGAAACUUUGAUCAGGGAAACGGAAGCUGCAUUGAAGAACCUUUCAGGAAGCUGGCAUGGCUCUAGAGGAGGAUAUGCUACUCAACAGGAGGAUACACCUGCUUUUGAAAAUUUAUUUGAUGAAAAGAAAGCUAAUGUAAAACUAUCACCAAGCUCUGUUUCUAAUAGCAGCUCUGAUAAUGCUUGCUCGCUAAAGGAUGUGAUAACAUUAAGAGAACCACAUGAACAUGAUGACAGUAAUAGCGACAAGUCUAGUGAAAGCAACAACAAAAAAGGUGGUGAAGGUAAAAAGACAUACCAAAGCCCAGACUUCAACGAGUUGGUGGACGAAAGUUCCAACGAACUAGAGAUCGACAUGUCUGAAUCUGCUUCAGAGAAGAAUGAAUCCAGCGAAGACCCCAAGAACCAAAGGUCCAAGAUACCUAAAUAUCCAACCAGUGACUCUGCCUUCCAUAGCUAUCCUAGGACAUCCUCAACGACAUCACCUUUUUCAACCACAUCUGCCUUCAGGCCGCCUCAGUCCAAAAAUCCGCCACUCGGUCCAUUUCCAGCUGAAGCUACGUUUGUAGCUUAUCCUGGUGAAGCUGAAGACAAACAAAAAAAUGUAACUCCACUAAAACCCAGCGAAGCUCAGGCUGAAGCUCAAGUGAAAAGUCCUGAAGGUGCAAGUAAACAGUACACGAUACUACAACCUGCAGGAUUAGGAUCAAGGGCUGCAAGCACGCUACAAGAAGUGCAAAGGGAAGGAGUACCAAGUGUUGCGGCAGUAAGUGGGAGCGAGAGUGGAGCGAAAACCACUUCUGUAACCACUAUACCUACGGGAACGCUUUCACCAAAUAGUAUUGGCAGAGAAGGAAGCAAAUGUCCGACACCUGGCUGCACAGGACAGGGACAUGUGACAGGACUCUAUUCACAUCACAGGAGUCUUUCGGGAUGUCCCAGAAAGGAUAAGGUUACACCAGAAAGUGGUUGCCAAAGCGAGUUUUCCUCAAGCUACGAAGGAGGCAAGAGAUCACCAAGCUCUGCAGACGUAAAACCCAGUUAUCUAGUGAACUACGGUAAUGCUCCUGGUAGUACAACGGAACAGAAGCCUAACUUCGAUCAGUACUAUCCAAAAGCGGAGCCUAUCAAACCGGAUCCCAUGAAGGUACCCAAAACUGAGAUCACCACCGCUAGCUGUUGCAGCGUCAGUCAAGAACAACAGCUUUUGGUGCCGAAAACGGAAAUCAGUAGUUCUUGUCGGUCACCACCUUCAAACAUGAGAUCACACUACGAACCUUAUAUGAACCAAGACUCAAAUUCCUCAUCAAUAUCCAGUAUGGAUGCCAUGAACUCCAGAAAUCACCAAAUUCAUCCAAAUGCUCCCCACAUGGGAUCUCAUCAUAGUCAACAAACAGGGUAUAACAUAGAACACAGAUCACCUUACCAUCAAUCGCCGAUGUCAGAAGAGAUGUAUCACAGAGAAAGAUCAUAUGCCGAAAUGAAUGACGGUUUAGCUAGACCCGUGGUUACCUACUCCAAUGAAAUAGUUAAUAGAUCAUAUGAUUCGUCUAUGAUCAAUGCAGGUCACAGGCCUUAUGAUCCAGGCAGCAACAAUUUUGAGAGGUACGACUCGGGCCAAUGUGUGUCACUACAACAGCCUCUAGGACCUCCUAGGGUGCCACCACAGGGUAUGUAUGGAUAUCUGGAAGAGCCUCAAGACCAAAGAUAUGCGCAGGAAGCAGCUGCUCAGCAACACCAAAUUGCUGUCGCUAAUGCACAGAGUAUGAUGAAGCAGGAAGACCAAGAACCUACCGGACCACUGUAUCCAAGACCCAUGUACCAAUAUGAAACCAGUAGUGGCACCCCAGGAGGGGGCGGAGGAGCUAGUACAGGGGGUGGGCCUACCAGUGACGGUACCGGAACACUCCCAGUGGGGUUUUCUGCCAUCAACCUGUCAGUGAAAUGCGUCACGACACACACGGGGGCUCUGAAAGGACCUCACACUUCCCCUGGAGGCACUGUUAUCGACCUGAGUACAUCCAGUGUGACUAGUACCAGUCCGCAGGUGGCUUAUAGUUCACCUCACUAUGGUGGUGCAGGAGGUCAAAGAGUUGGUGGCAGCCCUCAAGCAGCAGCCAGUCCUCAUCUAUCAGCAAGCCCUCAAGUCCCAAGUCCUCAAGGACAAACACUUGACCUUAGCGUCAGUCGACUCUCCCAUGGAGGCGUACGACCCGUGGUGACUUUUGCACCAACAGCUGCUUCAGGUGGUCCAGUAUUAGCCCCUACAGCACCAUCUGGGUACAGCAGAGAGUCGACACCUGAUUCGGGAGGUAGCCACUACAUGGAUGCUUAUAGGGAUCCCGCAGGUUACGGUCCAAUGAGCCCCCACCCCGGCUACGGCAUGCCAGUAUCCUCAGCAGCAGCGGCGGCGGCAGCUGCAGCGGCAGCUGCGGCAGAAUACGCAGUUAGCGCCGCCUCUGCAGCCCCUUACGCCUCUCCAUAUGCCCCUCCAGCAGGAGGCGGCGCGGGGGGCGGCUACCCCUGUACGGCCGCAGGGUACCCCCCACCACCGCCGGGAGCGGUCACCACAGCUGGCGGUUACCCGGUACCGCCCACUCCAGGCGGGUAUAGUCCCGGAGCUUGCUACAGCAUGCCGCCGCCUCAGCAUUCGUUGGGACAGCAUGAUAAGCAGCCUGGGAAGGAUGGCCUCUCCGGUUGUCCAAGAGCGGACCGUUCUCAGAUCCAGGCGCACUCUCAAGAAUUAAAAUGUCCUACUCCUGGCUGCGAUGGAUCUGGUCAUGUAACCGGGAAUUACUCCUCACACAGAAGCCUGUCUGGAUGUCCUAGGGCGAACAAACCCAAGAGCAAGCCUAGAGAUGGACAAGACUCAGAACCCCUAAGCGCCUCUGGUUGCCCAAUCGCUAACCGCAACAAGAUGCGCGUGUUGGAAAGCGGCGGCUCCGUAGAACAACACAAAGCAGCAGUCGCGGCGGCGGCAGCGGCGUCCGCCAUGAAAUUCGAAGGAGUGAAUUGCCCCACCCCAGGAUGCGACGGUACUGGACAUGUCAAUGGAUCUUUUUUAACGCAUCGCUCGCUUAGCGGAUGCCCUGUUGCUGGACAGACUGUUAAGAAGCCAAAAUAUCCAGAUGAAGUUGCUGGAUUCUACUCCAAAGGAUAUACAGGUAUAGAACAAAAUCCCAAUAACGGAGAGGAUCUCAUGACUCUCGAAGCUGAAAUCUCGGAACUUCAGAGGGAGAACGCUAGAGUCGAAUCUCAGAUGAUCAAGCUAAAAUCUGAUAUCAAUGCUAUGGAAAGUCACCUUGGACACAGCGAAAAGGAGACACAAGCGCUGGCUCAGCGUACCACCAACCUCAACGAGUACUACGAGAGCCUGCGCAACAAUGUCAUCACCUUGCUGGAGCACGUCAGACUUCCGCCAGGCAGCGGCCAACCUGGCGCUGCUCCUGGAGGUCAGGGAGGUCACCUCCAGCCUGUUUCGGGAGAAAAGCUGGGGCAGGAGAACUUUGACUCGUACCUCAGCAAGCUGCAAACGCUCUGCACUCCAGAUGGGUACUGCUCUGAUGAGAACAGGCCACUGUAUGAGACGGUCAAGUGCGCGUUGCAGGAUUUCACUGUGUUGCCAACGCCAAUCUAAGUAGUGAGACCAAAAAUACCAUAUUAUAGUAGUAAAACCAUGGAGAUAUAAAUAAAUUGAAAAUGUAGUAAACUCUCUGUCAUAUACAUACUGUUUACUUUUUAAAAAAUUCAAAAUCUAAAUGUGCCAGCCUAUUAUUGAUAAUUGAGUAAUGCAGGUAUUGUGGGGGCUUACAAAAUAUAUACAUUUCGUUUUGUCAGUAGAUAUUGGCCCACGAGAGAAUAAAUCUAGUGUUAGCAGUCUUCCAGUCGUACCAGUGGUUUUGGUCUAAUUUAAACUAUAAUUAGUAAUAUAGUGUUCGUUCGUCUGACCACAGACUGCCGUACUAUUUGGCAACUCUUCUACAUGGUAUAGGCUUGGUCUCAGUGAACAACGAGCGAAGGCUAAGCAACUCUACUAUGUUCAUAGUAUAAGCUAUAAGUUCCCAUUAUGCUCAACUUACAAGGGAUUCUAAUGACAUCAAAUGAAUUCAAUUAAAUAUUAGGGAGUUUGAAAUUCUGAAUUGGAAUGACUGGAAACAACUUAAGAGAAAGGAAAAAUUGGCGCUGGCGGGAUAUGAAACCGGAUCUCCCCCGUUACGUGAUAGGCGACAUACGAAAUUGGCAUUCAGCGCUAGCUGCCAACCAACUUUUAGGAUCGACUGUUAGAGGCAAAUCCCACCCUAUCCACACCUAUUGUCAGUUAAACACCACCAGAUGUGGUGCUGAAUAGCUUGAGAAAGCAAGAUGAAAAGGUGGUUCAUAUUCCUAUUUCUCAAGUUAUUGUUAUCAAAAAUAUAUCCACCGUUACGCUUAUCCGAUAAAGCAUCUACACCUUUUAAGAAUGGACUCCGUUCAAUAAGACGAUGCGCAGACAAUGAGGAAGUCAAUAAAAGUGUAUUCCGAAUUAUUAAAUUCCAAUCAAAUGUAUGGAGAACCGCCAAGUUAAUACGAUUGAUUUAAAUAUUUUCAACACCCCUAAUGACGUUUAUGACAGUUUUUUUUUUGAAGCUGCCUGGAAGAUCUCUCCAUCCGUUUGUUUUGAUCAUCAAAAAAAUUCAUGCAAAUUGAGAGUGGGUGGGAGUAAAAAAAAUAAGUCACAAAACCUCAUAAGUUUGACCUCUUCUUGAUUGAUAUUCAUUCACAAAACGAAAUAGUCAUAUUUUGGAUACUCAACUUUUCAAUGCGCCCUCUAUAAAUGUGACAAACUUUUCUAUAAGGAAAUCCUAUUCACAGUAACUACUCGUAGAUAUAUAUCUCGGAAUGCUUAGUUAUUACCACAACAUAAAGAGGAAGGAUAUUUAUUUGGACCAGGAAGGCAUGUGGGUAAACGUUAGAAAAUCUCAUGGUACAUAAUAAUUUCCUUAUUUCGUUAAAUAGGAUUUGCUGGUCUGCUACUGGUAGGAUAAUAAUCUUAUUAAAAAUAAAAAGAACAUAUAUUUUGAAUUCACAAGUAUCAUUUUUUAUACCAUCUAUCUCUACUAUUAAUCACAGAGCAGUGCCACAGGAUGCCCGUGAUGUCGUUAAAUAUACAAUCACCUAGUCCUCCGUUUUCAGGAAAACAAGAAUGCAGAACAUAAGCUUUUGUCUGCGAGACCUGCUUCUUUGAUGCAUACUUUGGUUUGGCAUGAUACCUCUACAAUUAAAACUUGCAAAACUUUGCUGUUUUGGUCUCACUAUAUUAGUUUAUUAGCUCCAGCACGUUAAAUUCCCAGUAACUGUUGAAUAUCUUUUAAUGAUGAUGGAAGCCUGACUUCAGUUAGUAUCAGACCCUUUGUAGUUGUUAUCAUAUUUGAGAUAAAAAGUUUUAUCAUACUUCAUUCAUUUUCGAAGCUGUAAAUGCAUUAUGAAUAUACAAAAUGGUGAUUUGAUGAAGAGUAGCGAUUUACCCGUUAUAUUAUUCAUAAGUGCUCAAUUAUGGUUUUCUAAAUAAUUUCGGAAUAAUGUCUGAAUUUUAAUUUUGAUUAACAACCAUACAAUUUGAAAGAUUCCGCAGAACCAUUUGGGGAGUCGCUUUAGGCUAUUCUUUUUAAUUUAAUAUACUUAUUAAUUCAACAUGUAGAACAAAAGUAUCCGUGCUAUCAAAAGCUUAUCCAUAACUAGUUCCGAGGCCUGUAUAGUCUGUACUCUUACCAUUACCAUGUUAUCACAUAUACCGGGUAGCCCAAAUUGCAUGGUUGGGAUAUUGUUCCGAGAUAAAAAUAGGAAUAUAUUUUAAAAAUGUUGAGGAUUUUACAGGGUGCUUUACGAGAGUACAAAGUUGUUUUUUAUAGACACCUCUAUACUUUUAUUAAAUGUUUCGUUAGACCUACAUUCUUCCGUACGGCAACCAGUACAUAGCCCGCUUUAAUAGACAGAGUACUGAAAUUUCUGAAACAAGAGAUCUGAUAAUCAGGUUUUGAAAUAGUUUGCGCCUCGGAGCAAUAAUCCGUCCAUUCUAGUUUGGACCAUUCUGUACAUGUGAUCGAAUUGCAAUGUUGGUUAAUCGGUCAGUAGGGAUGAUGACAACUUCAGUAAAUAGCGAACAAGUACUUUGUUUACUGAUCUCACCAUUAACUGUAAUAAAGUAUGGAUUGCCCAACUUGCCGCUCUGUAUCUUGGAAACUACUUUAUUCUACAUGAAACCUACGACGUACUAUACAUUUGAAAACAAUAUCCGAAAGCCAUUGCCCAUAAUUCUGCUACUGUGUAUUUUUAACUAUUAGGUAAAACGUGGGAAAAUGGGGAAGUAUUGGUGAAUUAGCUAAGUUUCAUAACUUACAGAAUUGCUAAAAGGUACUUAUCAGGCAGCUUGUCUAAACCAACAGAAUGACUCCCUUUGAAGCUCUAAAGCUCAUUAGUUUCUGUUAGGACAGUCAGGUUAUUGACACGUCAAAAGGACAUGACACUAGUUGCCCUUGUAUCUCAUAUUCUUAUGUUAGUGUUUUCGUGUCUAUUCGUAAAGACGGACUUUGUCGAAUCUACAAUCGUUCUUGUUAUUGGAAAAUGGGAUACUCCUAGGAUAUGAUGUGUUCUUGGGCUAUUUAACUCUGUACGUAAAUACCGAAUGUGAUGUUAUUUGUAAAUAUAGUUGAGGCUUGUAUAUGUAAUGUAUGUAUAUUUCACCGACACGGAAUCUAACAGUGUACUAUAAUUAAUUGAAUAACUGUAUAUAACUUAUAUUGUUCCCUUCUUAAGUUGAAGGUUUGUUCCCGUUGUUACUUUUUUAGGAGAAUUUCGUUUCGUUUGAGAUGUUCUGUUGAAGUACCUGUACAAAUUAUUGUGAAUUACCUUUCAGUUAGAGGAGUGUAUAUUUUAAUAUUGCUUCUAUAAGGAUUUUAGAAUAAUUUUUAGAUACUCUGUGAUUACGUAUACUUAGUCUUUAUAAAGGUAGAACAAAUAGUGUAUUUGUAUAAGCAUAAACUACUGCAGAUUUUACGAACAAGAUUUCAUAAUUAUGCAGUUCUGAUACAUAUUUUGCAUAAUACAAACUGCAUUUGGCUGUUGGUUCUAUGAUUGAUUUAGCAAAAAAUGAUUGGAUUAAUUGUUUGUUAUCUUUAAGGCACACGUUUUAGUGAUGCUUGUCUAAAAAACAAUGUUCAAACUCAAAAUUAUUUUUUCAUAUAGGUGUCGAACGUCAAACUAUACGGUUACCAAUUAGCCAAAUCUAGGCUCAUUUGGCAUAAUUCUGUUUGGCAUAUCAACCAAAAAUAUCUGUUGGUAAAGUGUACUAUUGCUGGCAAGGAAACUCUACCUCUGUAAGUUUACACUUGCCCUCCAUGACAUUUAAAGAUAGUGUGGUCAAUUUAUUCCUGCAACAAUACACUUUACCAAUGUCAACAGAAAUUAUUUGAACAAAUCAGUCACAAUAAUGUCAAAAAAACUACAUUUGAGCUUGAAGUUAAACGAAUUUAUCCUACAAGUACGUUGACCUCUCAUGACGUGUAACCAACCCUAAUGUUGUUUCUAAUAGACUUUGAUAUGGGCUGCACUUUAACCAUAAGAUGAAGAUAAAGAGUCGCUGCAUCAGGAAUAGUCCUAUUUGGAGAACAUGGAUAGAGAAAAUAAGGUGCACUUAUGCAUUUAAGCAGAACAGUGAAGAGUGUGUCCUUUUAGCAUGGACAACAGGUCCACUUUAAGCUUUGUUCAGCAUAAUAAAAGUUUGUUCGUGAAGUCUCACACUAACUUUCCCCGCAGUGUGCAAUGAUGUAAUUGAUAUAUUAUCAAUAAUUCCCAUAGUGUGUGGAAGGACUAUAAGUUUUGGUUAAGUUUUCCUGAAUAUUGUUUUUCUCAUUGGCUUAUACCUACAAUGGUGUUUUUUUUACUGUGCUGUUUACCCAAAAAAUUGUUGUGUGAUUGUAUAUAUGAAUUAUAUAUUCAAAUUCGCAUAAUUAUUUGUUCACACCAACUAUAUAUGUUAAAAUACAUGUGUUGUUAAUAAAUAAAGUAUUUGAAAU